CAGUAGCGCACGGACAGCGCCAGUGGGCAGAACGCCGGAGAAUUCUAUUUGGAAACAUAUUUGGAACGAAUAUGGAGUUUCUGAGCGCCGAGUGCGCGGCCAGAUCGGCGGGCCCGGCAAAUACGCUGAUGUCGCUGCUGCUGCACACGCUAAUUGCCAAAUUCUGUGAUCUGAGCGGACAGCAACAGUGGCCGGCGGAUCGCGGCGAUUGGCUGGAGCAGGCGGGCGGCUUUGAGGAGCCAUACGAUUUCGUUGUCAUCGGUGCGGGAAGUGCGGGCUCUGUGGUCGCCGGCCGGCUGGCGGAGCAGGCCAAUUGGCGCAUCCUGCUGCUGGAGGCGGGCGGUGAUCCGCCGAUUGAGACGGAAUUCGUUGCCUGGCACAUGGCCACACAGUUCUCGAAAUGGGACUGGCAGUACCAUACGCAGCCGAACGGGCGCGCCUGCAUGGCCAUGCUGGGCGAGAGCUGUCACUGGCCGCGCGGCAAAAUGCUUGGCGGCACCAACGGGAUGAACGCGAUGAUCUAUGCGCGCGGCACACGCACCGAUUUCGAUGACUGGGAGCAGAGGGGCAAUCCCCGCUGGGGCUAUGACGAGGUGCUCAAGCAUUUCCGCAAGGCCGAGGAUUUGCGCUCCACCCGACCGGACUACAAGCCCGGCGAUCAUGGCGUCGGCGGACCCAUGGGACUGAACAACUAUGUCUCGGACAAUGAGUUCCGCACGACCAUACGGGCGGGCAUGCUGGAGAUGGGCUAUGGCAGUGCGCCGGACUUUACCGAGGGCUCCUUUGUCGGCCAGAUGGAUAUAUUGGGCACCCAGGACGGUGGUCGUCGCAUCACCACCGCGCGCUCCCAUCUGCCCAAGGAUGCGCCCAAUUUGCAUAUUGUGCGACACGCCCACGUCAAGCGUCUGAAUCUGGACGACCAACGGAGGGCCGAGAGCGUCACCUUUGUCCAUCGCGGUGGCAAGGAGUACACGGUGCGGGCCAGCAAGGAGAUAAUCCUCUCGGCCGGCGCCAUUGGCAGCCCACAGAUCCUCAUGCUCUCAGGCAUUGGACCCGCUGAGCAUCUGAGAAGCGUUGGCGUGCCCGUCAAGCUAGAUCUGCCCGUCGGUCACAAUCUGAAGGAUCACGCCAGCCUGCCCGUUAUCUUCCAGAUCGAUAAGUCAACGGCACGUAAGCCCACCGAAGAGGAGCUGGUGGAUGCCAUGUACAAUCUGCUGAUGGGUCGCUACAGCAAGCUGCUGCAUCAUGAGGCGACUGCCCUGACGGGCUUCAUCAAUACCACCUCGCUGCAUGGCCCCAAUCCGGACAUACAGACAACGAAUUUCUUCAGCCUAAUGCAGAGUCCGGAGCUGCGUGGCUAUGUGGCCGCCACCGGGUUCAAUGAGCGCGUCGCCAAGAGCAUUCUGUCUGCCAACGAGAAGUCCAACACGUAUAUCACAUAUCUGCUGCACCUGAAACCCUUCUCCGCCGGCCGCCUGGAACUGCAGAGCGCCGACUUUCUCGACGCGCCACUCAUCGAUCCGGGCUAUAUGACCGAUGAACGGGAUGUGGAUACCUAUAUACGCGCCCUGAACAUCUACAAGCGUCUGCCCGAGACGCGUGCCUUUGGCGAGCGUGAGGCGAAGCUGCACCAGGUCGAUCUGGAGGCCUGCAAUGGUCUGGCCUAUCAGUCGGACGACUAUUGGCGCUGUUAUAUACGCCACAUGACCACCACCGUCUACCAUCCGGUGGGCACGGCCCGCAUGGGACCCGCCACCGAUCCCACGUCCGUCGUCGAUGCCCGGCUCCGAGUCCAUGGCGCCAGCGGACUACGUGUGAUCGACGCUAGCAUUAUGCCCGAUAUUGUCGGCGCGAAUACAAAUGCCGCUAUCAUUAUGAUCGGUGAGAAGGGUGCCGACAUGAUCAAGGAGGAUUACCUGGGUGCUGCCAGUCAGCACACGGAGCUUUAAUUUGCCGUUUGCCGUCUGCCGUGAAUCAGCCUCCGAGCUCUGCUCGGUUGAGGUAGCUGCAGCACGCACUUUAAUCAUUUAUACGAUCUAUCUUUUUCCAUUUUUUU